GGUGGUAAACAGAUAAACCCGGUCAGAAAAGAGGCUUGAUAAUUUAAUGUUCUUUUCUAACUUUAAUUAUGGUUUACCUAAACAUUAGAAGGAAUACAUAUAUUGAUUCUUUGUUGUGGUUUUUAUUCAUUGUUUUGACUACAGAGGGAUGUUUAGGUUAUACAGUAUACUGUGAGGUAGGAGCAGGAGUCUGCCUUGAUUUUUUCAAAAACAACUCUUUUGGCACCUACGCAAUCAGAGUUCGAGAUUUGCCUUUCUGUUUAUCGUUUGAUGGACAAUCGACUUAUAUCUUUUCAAAUAACUUUGGAAAUGAAUCAUCAUUUAACUGUAGCGUUUCUAAAACAAUAAUGUCAGUGUGCAUUGGAAAUUUUCAAUCAAAAGAUGCUGGGAUAUAUUCUUUACAUGACGGUCUGACACCUAGCAGUAAUAUUCUGAAAAGCAUUAGAGUGGUUAAAGCAAGUCAACAAUUCAACAUGACGGGAUCCUUAGAGUUUGCUUCCUUGAGACAAGCUUAUACAUGGACUUGUAGCAUGUUUGUACCCCCUGAACAAACGGUCAACGCGGUUAAGUUCUACAGAAACAAUAUUUUAUGUGGUUUAAUCGGAUAUCUCAAUAAUGACUGUGUUAAUCAGAGUGCAAACCCUAGAUACACAUACGCAUGUCUGUCAGAUUAUGUGUACACUCUGACUAUACCAGCAGAAAACAUGACAGAAUAUGAACAGGGGUCGUUGUGGAGAUGUGAAUAUGUGGUUAAUUCUAGUUACAGAAGUUCUGACGUCAUCAUCAAAAUAGCAAGACCACCCACAGUGCAUAUGCUGUCUCAGGAAGACAUAUUAGAAGGAAGAGACUUGUCUGUCACCUGUAAGGCCACCCCUGGAAAUCCUAGCUCGACAACAUUUUACUGGACCAAGGUAGACAACCCAGGAUUCAGAAAGAAUGGUUCCACUCUACAUCUACCUAACAUACAGCGAAUCAGUUCUGGUACCUACAGAUGUACAGCGGAGAACAACUACAAUAAAGAAGAGAAGGGAACAGACAGUCAGUCCAUGGACGUCAAUGUUCUUUACCCACCAACAAUAAAGACGCUAUCUCAACAAGACAUAGUAGAAGGAAAAGCCUUAUUAGUCACCUGUCAGGCCGUCUCUGGUAAUCCUAACUCCACCACAUUCUAUUGGACCAAGGAAGACAACCCAGGAUUUAGACAGAACGGGUCCACUCUACAUAUACCUAACAUACAGCGAGCCAGUUCUGGUACAUACAGAUGUACAGCAGAGAACAACUACAGUAUUGGGGAGAAGGGAACACACAGUCAGCCCAUGAUCGUCAAUGUUCUUUACCAACCCACAAUAGAGAGGAGAUCACUACAAGUAGUAAAUGAGAGUGAGAAAUUCACAAUAACUCGAUAUAUAGUAAGCAAUCCUUUGUCAGAUGCGUCUUGGUAUAAUGGAACACAACUUUUGAAAACCCAGACAACAGUGAAAACUGCUUCAUACACUAUCGAAAACACCACGUGUACAGAUACCAAGAACUAUACCCUUGUGACCAGUAAUGGAAUCGGGAAUACAGUGACAGCAAGGGUGGAACUAAUUGUAAACUGUAAACCAACGCCAGAUAUCACAAAUAUAACACUUGCAGUUAGUUGCACCACCGGCAUUAAGUUCUCAACCAUAAUAAUUGCAUAUCCAGAGCCUCAAUACGAGUUACAGUAUGAAAACGGAACAAGGAACGAUCAGAUGAUAACCACCAUCACAGAGAAUAAAGUGAAUAACUUCACAGUUCGAAUAAGACAACAUGCUGUUGAGAAAAGUAGUUUUGGGGUUUAUUAUUUAAGAGCGAGCAACAUGUUUGGAGAAAAAACCGUAACUGUUAAUGUAAUUAAGCAAAGAAAACCAGACCUUCCCAGAAAUAUAAAAGUAACAUGUAAAGUAACAGAAGCCAUAGUUCAAUGGAUAUCGUCAUUCAAUGGCGGAGACAUUCAGAAUUUUACUGUGAUUACUCUGAGUGGCCAUGAUGGAACUAAUCUGUACAAUGGUCUAAACGACAAGGGUGAAAAUGAAAUUCAUGUUACUUACGUUAGCAGUCUUCAACCGUCAGUGACGUACUGGUUUUCUGUGUCGGCAAAGAACAGUCAUGGAUCUAGUUUCUCAAAAGCCAUCAGCUGCACCACCGCAAAAGAAACAGCAAGCUCUCUGACAGCGGUAGUUACUGGAAGUGUUGGAGGGUCGCUGGUGUUGGUUACGAUUAUACUGAUUGUUGUGUUUUUUGUUCACAGACGAUACACAUGUAUCUUUAAACUAGCAUUGGAAAAAAGAAACAUAGAUAUAAAAGUUGACCCAAACAAAAAAACAUCGAACUAUACAACCAUAAAAGAACAACAGGAACAUACUGAAAGGAACAUGUAUGACGAAUUAGCACCAAACGAAAACGCCAGCCAAUACGAGGAUAUUUUGAAGAAAGAUAAUCAUGGAAAAAACGAAAAAUUAUAUGAAAAAUUGCAAAAAAGUGUUGAUAAUGAUGGAGAAGGAAAGGCCAUGGAGAAAAUGAUUCCACUGAAAAGUAAAGAAUCAAGUGAUGACAAAUCCGUGACCCAAAAAGCUGAAGAAUAUGCUAACACAUCAUUUAUGAAGUAAACUACUACCACCGGAAUUUUUCGGAAUCAUUCUUUGAAGUAUCUUUGUCUUCUGAUUGACCAUGUAAUGAUUUAAUGACUUACAUACAUGAAUAUUACAUGAAUGUACAGUAGUGACUUUAUGUCGAAUAAAUGUUUAUGAGUGUUCGAAGUUCAAACUUGAAAGACUUUUAUUGUUUUGUAUAAUUAAUUUUUAUCCCAUUUAUUGCAUUUUACCUGUAUGAAUUUCAAUCAUUUAUUUGUUCCAUAUAGAAAGUAUGGGAUUUGUACACUAAAGACUCUCAAUCCCCCACCACCCAACACAAUAAACCGCAAAAUUAAAUUUAAAAAACCUUCACAAGACUUCGUGAUAAGUGAAAAAGUGAAAAAAUUACGCCUUUUAAGACCCUACCUCAAAAUAUAUACUGAAAAUAACACUGUACAUAAUACCUUAUUAACCAUAUAAAUAUAAUACAGCUGAACAGCUGUAGCCUAUCCACAUGAUCAGAUAUUAAAUGAUUUAUGAAGUUUUCAAUAUUAUUAUUGAGUUGUCAAUACAAAAUAUUUUACAUCUAAGAUUUAUUCCACAAUUUUUGUUUUAGUCUGUUUUGAAAACCCAUAAUGACUUAUUUCUGGGACGUUCUAAUGUUGUUAAAGUUUACGCAAUUUAUAUAUG